AUGAGCCGUGCUGGGAGUGCUGCAGCUGUCGCGCGCCGCGACGAUGCGGCGCCCGUGGCGCCCGAAGCGGCGUCGAUGACGCUCAGUGACAAGGACCGCGAGAUGCUCGCAAUGGAAGCAGAAGAGAUCACGUCGGUGCAAAUUGACGGCCUCGUGAUGAUGAAGAUUGUGAAGCACUGCAAAGACAGCCAUGCAGCGAACGGCAGCAAUGCCUGGGGCACACUUCUCGGAAUGGAAAUGGCGGGUGUACUCGAGGUGUCGAACGUGUUUGGUCUCCCUGGCGCGCGCGCUGAGCGCGGCGAGGAGGAGGAGCGCAGCACCAAGUCGUCGAUGCAGUACAUGGCCGAGAUGCUCCGUAUGCUCUGCCAGGUGAGUGCCGACGUGAACCCUGUCGGUUUGUACCACGGGAGCUUUUUGGGCCCCUUCCUCAACACGAGCAUCGUCGACGGGCUCAACACGCUCUCGAUGCUCAUGGAGCGCGAAGGACACCAUGGGCGCGGCAAGGCCGUCCUGCUCGUGCACGACUACGCGCAGCUUGCCGAGGGCAAUGCGGCGCUGAAGGCGUACCGCCUCGCGCCCGCAUUCUUGGAUGCAUACCGCCAGGGCAAGUUUACGGCACAGAGCCUUGCGGAGCACAAGCUGACAUUCGCGAAUGUGCUCGUCGAAAUCCCGGUGCAUGUGCGCAACACGGCGCUACUGGACGCCUUUGUCGCGACGCUUGCUACGGAGAAUGCGCCAGCGCCGCGCCUCGUCCCACAGUCGUCCCGGGAUCGCCUUGCGGCGCCGCUCGAUAUGCAUGUGCCGCCCAGCUACCUCGAUCUGCAUCUCGCACUCGAGCCUGUGCUUGUAUCUACGGUCGACUCGACGCUCGAUGCUGCUGAGAGCUACGCGGCUGAGGCAGGCAACGUCGGGUACCAGGCCCGGCAGAUUGCCCGCGAAAAGGCGCGCGCCGAAGCAUUUGUAGCGCGCCGCCAGCAAGAAAAUGCGACCCGUCAGGCCGCCGGUCUUGCGCCGCUCCCGCUCGACGACGUAAAGAAAUUGUUCAAGAUCCCUGCCGAGCCGAACCGCCUCGAGUCGCUGCUCCUGCUCAACCAGCUCGACGCUGCUGCGAAGCGCCUCGCCGAUACCGCCUCGGUCGGUGUUGUGCAGCUCGAGGCAGCGCGCACGAGCACCGCCUAG